AUGUCUUCUUCCUGGGCCUCCUCGUGGAUGUUUGUAGCCACCACAAUCCAGCCCUCAACAGCUGCAGCAGCAGCAGACGCAGGUGCAGCAAAAGCAGGUGCAGCAGCAGCAGCAGCACGAGCAGCAGCAGCAGCACCAGCAGCUCAGUCGGGCCGCACGGCCUGCGGCGACACCAGCCGCGGACGUACACCCGCAGCCGCAGCAGCAGGCUCAGUUGCUGCCACAGCAGCAGCAGCAGCAGCAGCAGCAGCAGUCCCAUCAGCAGGCGCCCAAGCAGCCGCAACCCCUGCAGCAGCAGCAGCAGCUCCAGCAGCAGCCGACGCCGCUGUCCGCACAGCCCUCCGCCGCCGUGCCUGCCGUUCCCCCAGCAGCCACAGCAGCAGCAGCAGCAGCAGCAGCAGCUGGGGUGUACGUACACCUGGCGGGCGCGGGCCCCUUGUCUUUGCCCCUCCGUUUGCCUUCUGCUGUCUCUUCGAGCCUUUCGAAAACUCCGCCCUGGCCGGCAUAUCGAUCGUCUCUGCUGCUGACGCCUUCGCGCAUGCCGCGGCCCUGCAGCAGCAGCAGCAGCAGCAGCAGCAGCAGCAGCAGCGGCAGCGGCAGCGGCAGCGGCGGGGCGGUGGGGGCAGCGGCAGCAGCGGGGGAGCAGCUGACAGUGAGGGACGCAGGGGGGCAGCAGCAGCAGCGGCUGAGGAAGCAGCAGCAGCAGCAGCAGCGGCAGGGAAACGACAGCAGCAGCAGCUGCUGCUGCUGCUGCGCUAA